AUGGCCUACUUCCACACACCGACAAGCUCACGAGCCCCAUGGUUCCGCAGGUUGGAGUUGGUCCAGGGACCCUGGAGUGGCAUGAGUGCUUUGAAGACGGAGGAUUUGACUGUGCUAGACUUGAUGUCAGUUCUCAAGUUCCCUUCACGAGAAGAUGAUGGUGCUAAUUGGCCCCGAAAGCUCCCUAUGAAUUGGCUGGAAACAUCUGAUGACCGCAGAGUUGUUAUUGCGAUUUCUAGAAUACGUGCUACAGACAAGUCCGACUACAAAGGCCCCGUGUUCUUCAACCCUGGUGGACCCGGCGGCUCUGGAGUUUGGUCUUUGAAACACCACGGCAAAUACUUGCAGGAGAUUAUCGGCGAGAAUCAUGAUUUGAUCAGCUUCGACCCAAGAGGCAUUGGCGCGUCUGUUCCCCGAGUUGAGUGCUGGUCCUCCCCACAGCAACGCCAAACAUGGGGCAUGCAAGACCCAGGCCUACCCGAUGCUCAUGAGGGUGCCUUAGCUGAAAGCUUUGUCAGAGGGGCGGCGUAUUCUCAGGCAUGCGAGAAUACCAUGAAUAGCUCGGGUAUUCUUGAGCAUAUUGGUACCGUAUCUCACGUUCGAGACUUGCUUGAGAUAGUUCACCAGACCGGAUACGACAAGCUGAAGUACUGGGGCUUUAGCUACGGCACGAUCAUUGGAGGCGUCUUCGCAUCCAUGUAUCCCGACAAAGUUGAGCGUAUGGUCAACGAUGGCAACGUGCAUCUCAGGGAGUGGUUCAACUCCCAGCACAUCAACUUCUUGAGGGACACAGAUAAGGUCCUGUAUGCCUUCUACGAGUUCUGCUACCAGGCCGGUCCUGACAGAUGUGCCUUCUACGCAACAUCCUCGCAAGCGAUUGAAGAGAGGUUCAACAAGCUCCUCUCAGACCUCAAGGCGCUGCCCAUCGUCAUCAAUGCAAAUGAGGAGACUGGACCAGACGUGCCGUCCGUGGUGACCUACUCGAAAGUGAAGAUCCUCCUUUCCUCCGUCCUCUAUGAGCCACAGUACCAGUUCGAGAAUUUUGCCAAGAUUCUCGCUGCUCUGGAGAGGGGAGAUGGAAGGCCUUACUACGAGCACUACAACCCCAACAAGCCCUCAACUGCCCCGCUUUGCACCCCGAGGCCGGUGUCUCCAUUCGAGCCCUUCCCGGAGAUACUGGAUGGAACGCCAGACGCCUUUCCAGUCAUUAUGUGCGCUGAUCAUCCACCAGUGCAUAACCUGACGUUAGAAGAGGUCAAGAGACAGUCGGAAGAGUUGAUUGGGCUCAGCCCAGCUACUGGUUCAAUUAACGUCCCAUUUCCUAUUACCUGCAACCAGAGAAACAUCCGUCCGCGAUGGAGAUUUGAUGGGCCUUUCGAGGGCAAGACAAAUCAUCCUAUCUUGUUUAUCGCCAACAAAUUCGACAACAUCACACCUCUAGUUAGCGCCCGCAACAACUCCGCUGGGUUUCCUGGCUCUACAGUCUUGGUCCAGAACUCAUAUGGCCACACAACUCUUGCCGCACCAUCCAAGUGCACCAAAGGCCAUAUUAAGACCUAUUUCCAGAAUGGAACUCUGCCUGAUGCGGGGACAGAGUGUGAGGGAGACUCUUAUCCAUUCGCGGAACCAGUCGGAACCGAAAUGCGCAUGUUCCAUCCGACUCCGCAAUUCUGA